CCUACUCAACCCUGGACCGGGGCUCACACCACCGACAACACCCUUCACGAUGGAGCUCUCUCUGCCAGAAGCGGAAGACGGAAGGUUGACAGACGUUGACGACAUCAGAUUGCCAUGGCUCAACCCCGUGUCUCUUUGAGACGGCUCUGUAGACUUAUACCGUCCCAGAAUUCGAGACUCUACACAAGCCGCAUAAACCCUCACUGGCAGUCGCUGAAAUGCCUGCCCCGGAACUCGCAACGCCUGCUUCACAAUUCCCCAGCUCUUGCUUCACCAUCCGGUGAUAAAGUAAGCGGCCAAAAAUUGCGCGAGGAAUGGGCACAGUACAGCCAAUUUCCCAGUGCAUCCAAGGCCGCUGACUUCGUCGAGGGCAACAAGGUCACCGUCCAUGGCUUUCUCCUGCGACGAAGAGUCAAGAGCUCAAAACUGGUGUUUGCCGACAUUCAGGUUGAAAAUGGCCCAUCGGUGCAGGUCACGUCCACAUUCAAGGAGGAUGGAAGCCCCGAGCAAUUGGUCACGAAGGCCCUGAGAGCAGUCCCCUUGUAUAGCCCCGUGAGCGUGACUGGAACCGUUGCCCGGCUCCAUGGCAACCGUAUCGAUCUGAACCUUGACCGCAUCCAGUCUCUUAAUGCCUUUCCCAAAGACAUCAUAGUCUCCGAGGGCGUUCAAUUUCCUGCCUCUGCCAGGCAUCUUCAAAUCCGCUUCUCAGACCCUCUUCGCUCACGUCUGCUGGCCCGUCCCCAGAUCGGCUUCCAGCUCAGGAAAACACUCAAUGACCUUGACUUCACCGAGGUGGAAACGCCUAUUCUCUUCAAGUCUACUCCUGAGGGAGCAAGAGAGUUCUUGGUCCCGACAAGACGUCGCGGUCUGGCUUAUGCUCUGCCCCAAAGUCCGCAGCAAUACAAGCAGAUCCUCAUGUCGAGCGGAAUCCGUGGUUAUUAUCAGUUUGCUCGCUGUUUCCGUGAUGAGGACUUGAGAGCCGACCGCCAGCCAGAGUUUACUCAGCUUGAUUUGGAAAUGGGCUUCGCCACGGGCGAGGAUGUCAUGCGCACUGUCGAGACUCUUGUCACUCAGUUGCUUCCUGCUCUGAAUGCCCAAUUCAACGUCAUCAGGCAAGGAGACGAUAUCUAUCCUGUACCCAAGCGCGACUUGAACAACGGCGAAUCGACCGAAAAUGGUGACCAUCAAUGGCCUGAGCCUACCGCUCCUUUUCUUCGGCUCACGUACGACGAGGCCAUGACGAGAUUUGGUAUCGACAAACCCGACCUACGGAUCCCCUUCGAGCUACACCGUGUCGACCACGUCCUCCCCGCCCAGUUUGUUUCUAUGAUCACGCACACCGAGCAGCCUAUAGUUGAAGCCUUCCGCAUCCGUCCACAGUUUGACGGAGAAACGGUCACUCCCGGUACCAUUGCUGAGUUCGUCGACAAACUCAUGGACCAACUCCCCAAGCCUCUUGCCAACAAUCCCGACGGAGCUCCCGCCGCCCUCAUGUUCAACUCCAAGAAACCUCUCUGCGGUCUCUCAUCACUUGGCUUUGAGGGCUUUGAUGCGCUCACCAGCAUGGAAGCCUUUUCCGACCUUGAAGACGGCGACGUGCUCGUCUUCCAGGCGCGCAAGAACGCCCCCUUCCAGGGUGAAGGCUCCACAGCCCUCGGCGUUGCCCGCACGCACUUCUACCGCUCCUUUGUUUCCGCUGGUCUCCUCCCGCAAAGCUUCGACCUCAAGUUCCUCUGGGUCGUCAACUUCCCCAUGUUCACCCCCGACGAUGGCAUUGACCCCGGCCAGGGCGGCCAAGCCGGAUUUAAAGCCACCCACCACCCCUUCACCGCGCCGCUCACCGAAGCCGACGUUGAGAUGCUCGCCACCGAUCCGCUUAAGGCGCGCGCCGACCACUACGACCUCGUCGUCAACGGCGUCGAGCUUGGCGGCGGCAGUCGCCGUAUCCACCUGUCUUCCAUGCAGGAGUACGUGAUGCGCAACAUCCUCAAGAUGACGGAUGCGGGUCUGGCCCAAUUCUCUCACUUGCUCGAGGCGUUGCGGGCAGGAUGUCCGCCGCAUGCCGGGUUCGCGCUGGGCUUUGACAGGCUGGUUGCUAUAUUGACGCACACGGAUUCUGUGAGGGAUGUGAUUGCUUUCCCCAAGAGCAUGAAGGGUGAGGAUCUGACGGUUAAGAGCCCGAGCAAGAUGACGGCUCAGCAGUUGGAAACUUACCAUUUGGCGAUCGCUAAGAAGGAAGAGGUGAACAAGCAAGAUGUUUGAGAGAAGAAUGAUGUGUGUUGAGAAGGGAAAGCAGCCUCCUGCGCUGUGUGCUUGGCCUCCGACCUAGGUCAACGGCUUUACAGACAAUAUGCUGCGCUGUACAAUAAAUGCAAGAUCAAAUGUUGGUGUGCUACCAUGCAAACAUGGCACAACGCAGCUUAAUGGCCUGAGAGAUGGUGUUUUGUAGGAGAUCCUCGCAGGCUGUUCCACGCGUUCUAUCUCAAUCCCGGACGCUGAACAUAUUCUCAGACCACAACAUUGCAAAACAUCGUAUGAGAUUGAAACAGCACGAUUUCGCUGUUCUAAUCUCUCGGAGACGACCCGAGAUAGACGUAUGAAGAAUGGGAUAAAGACCGUGGACCGUCAUGCCCACCAAGACUCACCUAAGUAAUUGCCAUUGCAUUCAUCUCAAUUUUGUUCAAGGGUCUGGGUACGGUGAGUACUCUGAUGAGUACGGCUGCACCUGACCCCAAACACGGAAAGACAUCCGCAAGCCAUGACCAACACGAUCAACACUGAGAAAAGCUACAAGCAAGUUCAAAGACUUCGGAGCAAAAAUCCACAGGCUCAAAAGAGUAGAUCAGGUCCAAACACCACUUGAACGUCUGGAGAAUCCCUGAAGUGUGAGAAUGCCAAUUUCUAUACAACAUCUACCCUAUCACUAUCAUACAGAGUCAUUCCCACAAUCUUUCGUGUUUCCCCCGUGUCCCCUUGCCAUCAUUCAAUUUCCAACACUAGCUCGCCUGCUCUAUUUCCAUUUGGGUUAUAGAUCUAAAUGAACGUAUCGAACCCGUGUAUCUGUUGUUAAAUUGAACAGGCAUGCCAAAAGAAAGAUCUGAACAAAAGCCUAGGUAUAAAAGAGCGACAAAGCCAGAGACAACCCUAUAAGGAGCCUGUUCGCGUGUACAACCCUUCGUUCCUCCAAGUCGAACUAAUUUGACACAAUAACUGGCCAAUAACUAAUACGUUGACAUAGUCAAAACCGAG